AUGCCGGAGAAGAGCUUCUGCGUCAGCGUCAGUGUUCCUCCAGUCAUUUGCAACUUUCGAGACCAAAAAUAUCUGAAGGAAACACUCAGCAGCUUCUUGAGGCAUGGUUCGGCUCCACUGAGAUUUGGGAUGGCCCUCAGCUUAUCUUGCUGUGCUUCGCUCCAGUCAACUCAACUGAAUAUAAGCAGCAAAAGAGAAGGCCUAGGACAGGUGAAAAGCCUCAUAGCGAGAACUGGGAUUCCUUCAAUAACCACCUCUCCGCAUGAAUCUCUACAAAAAGGCAACUGGGUCAAGCUUAUUUGUGGUGCUAGUUUUGAGGAUGUUGCUGAUAUCAGGAAUCUUUCGUUGGUGUACACUCUUGCUGGUGUUGAUUGCAUUGACUGUGCUGCUGAAGCAUCUGUAGUGAGUGCUGUGAAUGAAGGAAUUGAAGCUGCUCGUGCUAUUUUCCCCAUUCGCAGGCCUUGGAUUAUGGUCAGUGUUAAUGACAAUGAAGAUCUUCAUUUCCGUAAAGCCGAAUUUGAUCCGGAUGAUUGUCCCCUUGAUUGCUCAAGACCGUGUGAGAUUGUAUGUCCAGCUAAUGCAAUACUUGGAGAAAGUACACCUAGUGGACUCAAGGGUGGAGUCCUGGCUGAUCGCUGCUAUGGCUGUGGCCGCUGCAUUCCUGUUUGUCCCUUUGAUAGAAUAAGAGCAAUUACAUACAUACGAGACGUUACCACAACAGUUGAACUUCUCAAAAGAGAUGACGUUGAUGCCAUAGAGAUUCAUACAAAUGGAAGGCAGGCAAGUGCAUUUGAAGAACUUUGGAAUGGAUUGGGAGAUUCAAUUAAUCAUUUGAGACUAGUGGCAGUUAGUAUGCCCGAUGUCAAGGAUCUAACUAUUGCUGCAAUGAGCACUUUGUAUUCUAUAAUGGAACCCAACCUGCAUUGCAUCAACUUAUGGCAGUUGGAUGGUCGUCCCAUGAGUGGAGACAUCGGAAGAGGAGCCACGAGGGAAGCAAUUGCUUUUGCCCUCCGUUUAGUCUCUGCUAGUGGCAGGCCCAAAGGUUUUCUUCAACUAGCUGGUGGUACCAAUGCUCACACUGUAGAUGGGCUGAAAAGAGAGAGAUUGUUCCAAACAACAACCAUACCUGAGAUAUCUGAAGGUAAAAAGAUGCCUUCAGUACCAUCUAGUUCACAAAAUGCUUUGAUUGGAGGGGUAGCUUUUGGAGGCUACGCAAGAAAGGUGGUUGGAAGGGUUUUGACAUCCAUGCAGUCUAAUCAUACACAUGCUUAUAUUGAGGACUGUCCUGAACAUCUGUUGAAGGCACUUGAGGAAUCACUUGCCUUGGUUGGAACUGUUAAAGCCUAUGGCACCAGUUGAUCCUGGAUAAGCUAGAAUGUCAAGGUCUCCACUCUCCUGUAUCAAUCGCAGAAAGAAUACUAGGUAGCAAGCAGGCCCUAGACAAAUCUCGCAAUGCAGAUUCCCCCGCACCCGCGGUAAACGAUAGGCAAUUAGUAUUUGAUUAAAAAGCUUUUUACAGUUGCGAGCAACCAAGAAGUCGUUCGUUGUUCGUUUUCAUGAACUCUGGAUUUUUAAAGUGUCUCAUAAUAUCAUAAAAACACCAUACGAUUUUUUUUU